GCACCAGCCCCGCUCCCGGCUGCUCCGGAGACGCCACCCGGAGAGCGGCUCCCGGCGCGAUGGACAGGCUGCUCAGCACGCAGGUGGCCGUGGUGCUGCUGCUGGGGCUGCUGCGGGUGGAGGGCAGAUGCGAACUCAACCGCACCGAGGAGCACUGCGCCUGCUACAACCUGUCGGAGGAGAGCGUCGGCAGCAUCAUCCAGUGCCUGCCAGCCACCGUGGUGGAGUUCUGGGGGGGGGAGCUGCAGAGCUUCGCGGGCCUGCCCAUCAGGGACCCGGACGCUGCCACCAUCGACAUGCUGGGGUCCCUCCUCGUCAGGAAAAUCGUCUUCGGGGACCUGCUGGUGCCCGAGGAGCUGCUCGCCAGAGUCCUCAGGUUCUUCUCCUACACCCAGGUGCGGGAGCUGGCGUUCGAGCGCUGCGCUUUCCAGGGCCGGGGCGACUGGCGGCAGAUGGCUGGGCAGGAGCUGCCCAUCCUGGCGCUGCGCUUCCACAGGGUGAGCUCAGCGCCGCUGGCGGGCCGGGAGCAGGACCUGUCCCUGCUGGGCAGCUGGCUGCGGGCGCUGCAGGAGCUGGCACUCACCGGCUGCCGCCUCACCCACCUGCCCUGUGCCAUCGGCAGGCUGCUCGGAGCGCUGCGCUCGCUGGACUUGGCACAGAACAGCCUCGGGGACGAGAGCCUGGGGGCUGCCUUCUGCGGGGAAGCCUUUCCCCGGCUGCAGGCGCUCAGCCUGCGCCGCAACCGCCUGAGCUCCUACCACGGCGCCUGCCGGAGCCUGCAGCGCCUGCCCCAGCUCCAGCACCUAGACCUCAGCCAGAACGAGCUGCUGCCAGCCCCGGGCUCCUCCUGCCGCUGGCCACCGUCCCUCCAAACCUUCAACCUGUCCGGCGCUGGCUUGGAUGAGGUCCCCGCACCUCUGCCUCCCCGUCUGGAGGUGCUGGACAUGAGCCACAACCACCUCCGCGCUGUGGACCUCUCCCUCCGCUUCCUCAAGAGGCUCUUGCUGAGCCACAACGCGCUGCGGGCUGCCCCCUCCGCCGCCGGCUGCCCAGCGCUGCGCUCGCUGAGCCUGGACGGCAACCUGCUGAGCGAGCUGCCCUGGCAGGAGCUGCAGCGGCUGCGGGAGGUGGCAGCGGCUGGCAACCCCUUCCACUGCUCCUGCGCCGGCGCCGGGGGGCUGCAGGCGCUGGCGGGCAGGGGGCAGCUUGGGCAGGGCUGGCCCCAGGACUACGUGUGCCAGUCCCCGCCGGGCUACCAGGGCAGGCUGGUGGAGGCCGUGCCGGUGUCGGUGGUGCAGUGCCGCCCUGCUGCGAUCAUCGUCCCCAUCUGCCUCCUCCUCGCCCUGCUCGGCGCGGCCGGCGCCGGCUGCCUGCUCAGAGCCAGGCCUGGCCUCGCCCGCUCCUGCCGCGGAGCCUGACCUGGCUUCGCCCCAGCAGCGCUGCCCCGGGCGGUGCUCGGUGCUGGGCAGGGGCUCUCCCGGUGUCUCCCGUCCACGGCCCCU